UCAUGUUGGUCUUUAAUUAGUAUAAGUUACGUACAAUAUCAAAUCCUAUGAAUCCGAAACAAUAAAACUCAAAAUAUGAUGAUGGUUUCUAGCAAAACAUUCUCUUCGCUUCAGUUUUUCACUCUUUUGUACCUCUUUACAGUUACUUUUGCUUCCACUGAUGAAGCAACUGCCCUCUUGAAAUGGAAAGCAACUUUCAAGAACCAGAAUAAUUCCUUAUUUGCUUCAUGGACGCCAAGUUUUAAUGCAUGCACGGACUGGUAUGGAGUUAUAUGCUUUAAUGGGAGGGUAAACACGUUGAAUAUUACAAAUUCUAGUGUCAUUGGUACACUCUAUGCUUUUCCGUUUUCAUCCCUCCCUUUUCUUGAAAAUCUUGAUCUUAGCAAGAACAAUUUCUCUGGCACCAUUCCACUUGAGAUUGGUAAUCUCACUAAUCUCGUCUUUCUUAACUUGAACAUCAAUCAGUUUUCAGGAACAAUCCCAGAACAAAUCGGUUCACUAGCCAAGCUUCAGAUCCUCCGUAUAUCUAAAAACCAUUUAAAUGGUUCUAUUCCUGAAGAAAUAGGUUACCUAAGGUCUCUUACUAAGCUGUCUUUGGGUAGGAACUUUCUUACUGGUUCCAUUCCUGCUUCAUCUGGGAAUUUGAACAACUUGUCUUUUUUGCUUCUUCAUAAUAAUCAGCUUUCUGGCUCUAUUCCUGAAGAAAUAGGUUACUUGAGUUCUCUUACUGAGCUAGAAUUGAGUAGUAACUCGCUUAAUGGCUCUAUUCCUGCAUCAUUGGGGAAUUUGAGCAACUUGUCUGUUUUGUAUCUUUAUGAUAAUCACUUUUCUGGCUCUAUUCCUCUAGAGAUAAGUUACCUAAGGUCUCUUACUGAGCUAUCUUUGGCUAUGAACUCUCUUAAUGGCUCUAUUCCUGCUUCAUUGGGGAAUUUGAGCAACUUGUCUGUUUUGUAUCUUUAUGAUAAUCACUUUUCUGGCUCUAUUCCUCUAGAGAUAGGUUACCUAAGGUCUCUUACUGACUUACAAUUGAGUAAUAACUCUCUUAAUGGCUCUAUUCCUGCUUCAUUGGGGAAUUUGAGCAACUUGUCUGUUUUGUAUCUUUAUGAUAAUCACUUUUCUGGCUCUAUUCCUCUAGAGAUAGGUUACCUAAGGUCUCUUACUGACCUAGAAUUGAGUAAUAACUCUCUUAAUGGCUCUAUUCCUGCUUCAUUGGGGAAAUUGAGCAACUUGUCUUUUUUGUAUCUUUCUGCUAAUCACUUUUCUGGCUCUAUUCCUCUAGAGAUAGGUUACCUAAGGUCUCUUACUGAGCUAUCUUUGGGUAUGAACUCUCUUAAUGGCUCUAUUCCUGCUUCAUUGGGGAAUUUGAGCAACUUGUCUGUUUUGUAUCUUUCUGCUAAUCACUUUUCUGGCUCUAUUCCUCUAGAGAUAGGUUACCUAAGGUCUCUUACUGAGCUAUAUUUGGCUAUGAACUCUCUUAAUGGCUCUAUUCCUGCUUCAUUGGGGAAUUUGAGCAACUUGUCUGUUUUGUAUCUUUCUGCUAAUCACUUUUCUGGCUCUAUUCCUCUAGAGAUAGGUUACCUAAGGUCUCUUACUGAGCUAUCUUUGGCUAUGAACUCUCUUAAUGGCUCUAUUCCUGCUUCAUUGGGGAAUUUGAGCAACUUGUCUGUUUUGUAUCUUUAUGAUAAUCACUUUUCUGGCUCUAUUCCUCUAGAGAUAGGUUACCUAAGUUCUCUUACUUAUCUAUAUUUGGGUAAUAACUCUCUUAAUGGAUCUAUUCCUGCUUCAUUUGGCAAUUUGAGAAAUUUGGAAUAUAUGUAUCUCAAUGAUAACAAUCUCAUUGGGGAAAUUCCUUCAUUUGUGUGCAAUUUGACAUCACUGGAAGUGUUGUAUAUGUCGAGAAACAAUUUGAAGGGAAAAGUUCCACAAUGUUUGGGUAAUAUCAGCAGCCUCCAGGUUUUGAUGAUGUCACAUAAUAAUCUCAGCGGAGAGAUCCCUUCAUCUAUUUCCAAUUUAACAUCACUACAAAUUCUAGAUUUGGGCAGAAACAAUCUGGAGGGAGCAAUUCCACAAUGUUUUGGCAAUAUUAGUAGCCUCCAGGCUUUUGAUAUGCAGAAUAACAAACUUACAGGGACUCUUCCAACAAAUUUUAGCAUUGGAAGUUCACUUAUAAGUCUCAACUUGCAUGGCAAUGAACUAGAGGGUGAAAUCCCUCGAUCUUUGGCCAAUUGCAAAAAGCUGCAAGUUCUUGACCUAGGAGAUAAUCAUCUCAAUGACACAUUCCCCAUGUGGUUGGGAACUUUGCCAGAGCUGAGAGUUUUAAGAUUGACAUCGAAUAAAUUGCAUGGACCCAUAAGAUCUUCAGGUGCUGAAAUCAUGUUUCCUGAUCUUCGAAUCAUAGAUCUCUCUAACAAUGCCUUCUCGAAAGACUUACCAACGAGUCUGUUUCAACAUUUGAAAGGCAUGACGACUAUUGAUCAAACAAUAAAGGUACCAAAUUAUAAAGGAGGUGGAUUCUUCUACCAAGACUCGGUGGUUGUUGUAACAAAGGGAUUGAAGCUUGAAGUUGUGAAAAUUUUGCCUUUGUACACAGUUAUUGAUCUUUCAAACAAUAAAUUUGAAGGACGUAUUCCUAGUGUUCUAGGAGAUCUCAUAGCUCUUCGGGUAUUGAAUAUGUCUCAUAAUGGAUUGAAAGGUCAUAUACCACUAUCACUUGGAAAUUUAUCUGUAGUGGAAUCCUUAGACCUUUCGUUUAACCAGCUUUCGGGAGAGAUACCACAACAACUUGCUUCUCUUAUGUCUCUUGAAUUCUUAAAUCUCUCCCACAAUUAUCUCCAAGGAUGCAUCCCUCAAGGACCCCAAUUUCAUACCUUUGAGAACAGUUCAUUUGAUGGUAAUGAUGGAUUACGUGGAUUCCCCGUUUCAAAAGGUUGUGGCAAUGAUCCUGUGUCAGAGACAAACUAUACAGUGUCUGCGCUAGAAGAUCAAGAAAGAAAUUCUGAAUUUUUCAAUGAUUUUUGGAAAGCAGCUCUGAUGGGCUAUGGCAGUGGACUAUGCAUUGGCUUAUCCAUAAUAUAUUUCUUGAUCUCAACUGGAAAUCUAAGAUUGCUUGCAAGAAUCAUUGAAGAACUGGAACACAAAAUUAUCAUACGAAGGAGAAAGAAGCAGCGAGGUCAAGGGAAUUACAGAGGAAGAAAUAAUCGCUUCUAG